UUCCAGCGUAAUUCAACACCCUUCCUCUUCGCUGUCGCACCGGCUAGUUGCCGACCCUGUGGCUAAGCUAGCGCAAGCUAACGACUCCUUAAAAGUGUUCCAAAAUGUCUCACCCAGCGCCAACCAACAAGCCGUCUAAUUCAGAAAACCCUCGAGUUUUCUUUGACGUAGACAUCGGCGGUGCUAGAGCCGGCCGAAUAGUAUUGGAGCUGUUCGUAGACAUCACUCCAAAGACAGCGGAGAACUUCCGAGCCCUCUGUACAGGAGAGAAAGGCCUGGGAAAGACCACCGGAAAACCUCUACACUUUAAAGGAUGUCCUUUCCACAGAAUCAUCAAGAAGUUUAUGAUCCAGGGAGGAGACUUCUCCAACCAGAACGGUACCGGUGGCGAGAGCAUCUACGGCGAGAAGUUUGAGGAUGAGAACUUCCACUACAAGCAUGACCAAGUGGGCCUGCUGAGCAUGGCCAACGCCGGGCCCAACACCAACGGCUCGCAGUUCUUCAUCACCACAGUGCCCACGCCGCACCUUGACGGCAAGCACGUGGUCUUCGGCCAGGUGCUGAAGGGAAUGGGCGUAGUCAAAAUGCUGGAGGCCGUCGACACCAACGACGACAAUCCCGUCAAGCCUUGCGUGAUCGCCGACUGCGGCGAGCACAAGGAUGGCGACAGCUGGGGUGCCGCCCCGAGCGACGGGACGGGCGAUGUCCAUCACGACUUCCCAGAGGACUCUGAUGUCAACUUCAAAGAUGUGGACAAAGUUUUGUUUGUAGCUGAGGACAUUAAGAAGAUUGGAAACAACCUUUUUAAGAGUCAAGAUUGGAACGCCGCUGUGAACAAAUAUAGCAAAGCUCUUAGGUAUUUAGAGGUGUGCGGUGAAGUUUUGGAAGAGAAUGAGGGCGAGGAGUCUCCGGCGCAAAAGAAGCUGGAGCCCGCCGUGCUCAGCUGCUACCUCAACACUGCCGCCUGCAAGUUAAAGCUGCAAAUGUGGCAGGAGGCUAUGGACAGCUGCAAUGAGGCUCUGGAGCUGGACAACAGCAACACCAAGGCUCUUUUCCGCAGGGCUCAGGCCUGGCAGGGUCUCAAGGAGUUCAGUCAAGCCAUGACUGAUCUGAAGACAGCUCAAGGAAUAGCUCCAGAGGACAAAGCCAUCAGCAACGAGAUGAAGCGCGUACAACUCCAAGUCCAGCAGGAAAAGGAAAGAGAGAAGAAAAUCUACGCCAAAAUGUUUGCCUGACUUGUCACGUGACAGACCUCAUCUUGAAGUUGUUUUUCUACACUGAACACUAUCGCUGUUUUGUAGCCGUGUCCUUGACCGCAACAAAUACGAGUGCAGAACAGUCAUAUAGUUUUAUUCACUGAUGUGACAUUAUGUACAGUACAGUAAAAUGUACCUGGAAUAAAUGUUAACUUAUCAAAAGAGCUUGCUGAAGUCCUUAGUUUAUGUACUUGAAGGGCACUUUAUGCAAAUGACUUGUUCAAGUCUCACUUUUUUUUUUUUGGGCAGCAGUAGCGUCGCAUCAUAAAUUAAUAAAAAUCCAGGCUCUAUAAACAUAAUUUGUGUUGAUAAUUAUUACAUAUACAAGACCAGGCAAGUUUUCUUUUGCUACCGAAUAUGAAACCAUCCAAAGUUUUGACUGUAUAACAGCAAUGAUAGGCACGUCAUUUCUGAAGAGAAGCCCUGAACACCUACUCAAGUUUACCGUAUUUUCCUCAAAUGGUGGACAGCCAUUUGUCUACAUUCCGUUGUAGGCCGGUCCGCCUCCGCCCUCCGGGACCACCCAGUUGAUGUUCUGGCUAGGGUCCUUGAUAUCACACGUUUUACAGUGUACGCAGUUCUGAGCGUUGAUCUGCAGCCUCAUGCCGUCACCAGAGUCCACGGGAACAUACUCGUACACACCUAGGAAUAG